AUGGCACGACAGGCAUGCGACGAGUGUCGACGGCGUAAACUACGCUGCGACGGCCAACAACCGCAAUGCAGCGUGUGUCGAGAGACAGAGACGCGAUGCCAAGUGACGACGCAGCGGGGUGUUCGGGGCCCGAAAAGGGGCCAUCUCAAGGCCUUGAAGGAGCGGCUUGGUCAUCUAGAGGCUUUGUUAGAGGGGAACACAGAUGUGGAGAGUACCAGCACUAGCAGUACUGCUACAGCCACAGAGGGAAUACCAUCUGCUCUUCCCCUUACGAAUUUGAUACAGGCUGAAUUGGACCAAUUAUAUCUUGACCGUGUGCAUCCGUCGAUUCCGAUUCUUCAUCAACGACGAUACCUGGCCUGGUCUAGAUCCAAUAAUGGCAAGACACCCUCACGGCGAUGUUUACAAUACGCCAUGUGGACCCUGGCAGCCCUGCUCUCUGCUCAAUUCCGUGAGCUCAUCGAGCCGUUGUAUCGGGAGACCAAGCAGAUGCUGGAAUACCUGAGCCAAGACAGCAACGAGACUGAUAGUCGCGAACUGGCUCAGGCGUGGGUUCUCGUCGUGGUCUUCGAGUCGAUGCGCACAUAUCAUCGCAAGGCAUGGAUGAGUGCGGGUCAAGCUUUCCGACUUGUACAGGCUAUGCGAUAUCAUGAGAUUGACAAAAUUGAUAAAAAGGGUGAGACCACGGAUGAUAUCGAGGUCGAGGAGAGACGAAGGGUAUUCUGGAUGGCCUACUUUCUUGACCAUCUCAUCAGCAUCCGUGAUGACUGGCCUAUUACUCUGAACGAGCAUAUAAUCUGCACACGGUUGCCUGCCCCCGAUGAAGUAUUCCAAAGUGGACGUCAUGACCCAGGACCGUUUCUAUCAGAAGCGAUGACAGAAAAGAGUCUCACGGUCCGCUCUGCCUUCAACGAAUGCUUGAUCCUGGCGACCAUCUGUGGCCGUGGCUUGUUGCAGAGCCAACAGUAUCAUAUCUCCAAGGCAUACGGGGAUAUAACGCCAGACUGUGAGGUCCAGAGGCAAUGGUUAGAUGGUCUGCUGAUGAAUAGACUGGAAAUUAUGCACUCGUAUCCCUCUCCGAAUGAAAUCUAUGAUCCGUUAUUACUCUUUGCCAACAUUCUCGGCCAGGCGACAGUCGUCUACUUUUGUAAAACGAGGUCUGCUCAGACUGACCAUCGAGCCUUGGAGGCGUCGACGAAUAUCAUCCGUCUUGCUGCCACACUGCAAGACCUGCCUUUUUCAAAGAUACACCCCUUGAUGCCUCUUCCGCUCUUCCUUACCGCCGAGUUUCUAUACGAGCAUAUGCAGGAGGAGCCGUUUCAGAGGCGUAUCCAGGAACUGUUCUAUAUCUUCCGCGAGCUGAGGAAUGUGAAUAACCAUGAACAAAGCUAUUUGGAUCUCUUGCCAAAGUCGUGUAUCUCCAAGACCGUCGAUUUAUUCACUGCAGUAGAAUAG